AUGUUCCAUGGAUUGCCAAGUGAAGACCCCAUUGACCACCUUGAUGAGUUUGAUAGGCUUUGUGAUUUGACAAAGAUCAAUGGUGUCUCUGAAGAUGCCAUCAAGCUGAGACUCUUUCCUAUGUCUCUAGCUGACAAAGCUCACCAAUGGGAGAAGAGCUUGCCCCAUGGCACAAUCACCACUUGGGAUGAAUGCAAGAAGGCCUUUCUUGCUAAGUUUUUCUCCACCGGUCGCACAGCCAAGCUUAGAGGAGAGAUAUAUUCAAUGAGACAUUCGCAGAGGCUUGGGAGAGGUUCAAAGGCUACACAAGAUGUAGAUGAUGGCUGGCAACUUGUGGAGAACAUAGCAACUCAAAUGGAAGCUAUGGAGAAGAGUAUGAUCGCACCAAUCGGAGCUCGACCCACCACUCGAUCGAGUCAGACGAAAAGUUGA